AUGUCGAAGAAAAGGAAAUGGAAUGAUGACUAUGUUGGCUUCACCUGCAAUGGAAAGAUUGAGGAUUUGCAAAAGCCUCAGUGCAUGCUCUGUGGAACUGUUUUCUCUAAUGCAAAUUUGAAGCCAUCUAAGCUGCAAGAACACUUCAACAACAGACAUGAAGAGCUUAUCAAACCAUGUGUAUUAGAAAUGGCUACAACUGUUCUCGGAAAUGAAGCAAGAAAGAAGCUUGAAUUAGUGCCGCUAUCGAAUAAUGUUAUUAAAAGCCGAAUUGAUGAUUUGAGUUUAGAUAGUUUGGUGCAAGUUAUCUCACAUAUGAAUGCUAGUCCCUUGAAAAUCUCCCUCCAGUUGGACGAAACUACUGAUGUUUCGAAUUGCAGUCAACUUAUUGCACUGGUUGUGAAAGACUUCUUUGCAAAAUAUGAAUUAGAUCUCCAAAUUAUUAGCUCUGUGUGCACUGAUGGCGCUCCUGCUAUGCUGGGAAAUAAAUCCGUUUUUUUUUCACUGAUGAAACAGGAGAUUCCACAUUUGCUAGGUACUCACUGUUUCCUUCAUCGUCAUGCUUUGCCUCCGAAAUUGAUGAAAGUCCUUGAUACUUAUGUAAAGACCAUCAACUGGAUUAGGGGUCGUGCUCUGAAUCACUGCCUCUUUAAGUCACUUUGUGAAGAUCUUGGAAGUGAACAUACAGUUUUACUUUUCCACACAGAAGUCCACUGGCUCUCUUGCGGGAGAGUUUUAACCUGCUUCUUCGAACUGCGAGAAGAAAUCAAAGUCUUUCUGGAGGAAAGUCACUGUGAUCUGCUUGAAGAGUUGGAAUCACAAGAAUUCACCCAAAUCUCAGCGUAUUUGAGUGACAUAUUCAUACAAAUAGUGGAUGACAAUGAAUCUUCAAGUUUGAUUCCUAGUGUUUGUGGAGAAAUUGUGGCUCAUUUGGAAAUGCUAACGACGUCAUUUGAUAGAUAUUUUGACGUAGGGAAGCUGGAAUCUUCUAAAGAAUGGAUUAUGAAAUAA